AUAGUAAAAAGUUGAAGUUAAAAGUUGCAAAAACAUUUUACUUAAAACUACACGUCUCAUGGGACACCUGGCGAUCACUGAAACUACUACAAACCAUAAAUAACUGGAAAAUUUGGUGCCAUGCUUAAAUGGUUAAAACAUUUCAUCUGGUGGAGCCAUUAAAUAAAAAGUUAGGCAAUUGCUUAAAAGUAAUUAGAAUUUAUUCUUUCAGUUUCAUAUCUACAUCAAAUUUAUCAUCUUCAAGAAUAAGAAGAAAUGACUGAGCAGAGUCUCUGGGGAAUAACAAUAUCUGAAGAGAAAUUUAGAUUUAAGGGAAACAUGUAAUUUUUCUAACUACAGACGCCAAAGGAGCAAUUGUAAACAUCCCUUGCUAUCCGAGUCAAUAAAAAGAUAAUGUCUGUAACUGGCUUCCACAAACAUUGACUUUAUUGCUGUGCAAAUAGAACUACUCAGUUGGAAUGUUAGAGAGAGGUGUAGCCAGAGAGGUCUGAGAAAUUAGCAUUGUGAAAGUUGCGUAACAUUAGGUAAACAAGCUCUUUCAGAGAACAUUGCAGUUCAUGUUGGAUGACUGCAUCAGUUGUUCAGAUUUGAGUUGUCACACUCACACUGACCUAAGGUAGGAAGUGACGCGCUUGUCAUAGCAGUGAAGGGGGUGUGGUAGUUAAGCUAUUGGAUAAAGGGACUGCUGCUGUUGUUAAUCUUGAGACGGGGUUUAAGGUUCACCUAACACGCAAGUCAAAAUGAAGAGUCUGGUUGUGUAUUGUGGACUCAUCCUGGCAUUUCUUUCGAGCUGCACAGAACAGGCCGGGGUAAAAAGACAGGACAAAGCAGGUUCUCCUCAAGGAACAGACUGCACACAGAUUAAGACUCUGUCACCACGAGCAUCCAGUGGCGUUUAUACGAUCCAGCCAAAUGGAGCCGCGACCAAGUUUAAGGUCUACUGUGAGAUGCAUCCAGAUGGAGGCUGGACGGUGUUUCAAAAACGAAGCGGAGGAGCCAUUUCUUUCCACAGAAAAUGGGCAGCAUAUAAAACUGGCUUUGGAAACCUGACACAGGACCACUGGCUCGGGCUGAAUAAGAUUUUUUAUCUUACCAAAGACAAGUCCAAGAAGUGGACAAUGAGGGUGGAUCUGUGGGAUCAUGAAGAUGGGACUGCUUUCGCUGAGUACAAAAACUUUAGACUGGGAAAUGAGAAAACUGCGUUCAAACUACAUGUUGGGAAGUACCAUGGAAAUGCAGGUGAUGCCAUCCGUGGUGCCUAUAAAGGCAUUGAUCAGAAUGGCUAUGGCUUUAGCACAGUUGACCGCGAUAGUGAUGGCUGCUCCCCCUGCAUCUUUGGUGACAUUGCUGUUGGAGCAUGUACCGUUAGAGAGGGCGGCGGGUGGUGGUACAGCAAGUGUGGGUCCGCCAAUCUAAACGGUGACUGGCAUUCCUACGGUGAACACAUAGGUUGGGCUUCGGGCCUCCACUGGCGCACCUGGAAACCACCUGCACCAUACUCAGCCAAGGCCACAAGAAUGAUGAUCAAGUCGGUGUGAAAGGAACCUCCUCAAAUUAUCAAGUGCUGAUUUUCAUUCUGCAAAAAACUUUCAACAAAGCUUUUAAGAAAAGUAACUGUGAAGGAGAUAUGUAAAAUACAAUGCUAAAAGCAUGAAAAUCAGUGUAUUGUUAAUGCUUAGUCAUUUCUGUACUAAACUGAAAAACAUGCCUUCCAGAUAAUCAAGUUCUACCCGAGGUCUCUUCCUGUUAAAGCACUGCUUACCCUCUCUUUUUAUGUAUUAAAAAUAAUUUUACAAGAACUAAAAUAUGCCAGAGUCAACAUUAUUAGCCCCUCUGUUGCCAGUAAUUAUGUUGAAAAUCCUUUUUGCUGGAUAACAGCCAGCAGUCCUUUGUUGUCUUUUUCAACAAGUCUCACAUGCACCACCUGAGCAGUCCUAGACCAUUCUUCUUUGGCAAAUCUCUUAAACUUCUCCAGAUUUGACCAUCUUCUGGCAUGGUUCUUGGUCUUCACCCCUGAGAAUGGGAUUCAAAUCAGGGCUAUGUGCAGACCAGAAUGCCAACGUAUAUUUUUGGAGAUUGUCGUGUUGAAAAUGGUAAAUGGCCUGUAUUUAUAUAGCGCUUUACUAGUCCCUAAGGACCCCAAAGCGCUUUACAUAUCCAGUCAUCCACCCAU